AUGGCGAGAACCUGGUUGAAAGUGGUAGCUCAAUGUCGACGCGCGAGGAACCUGCAGUGGAGAACCGGACUCGCCAGCGGUGCCCACGGCGAGGUGUCCGACCUCGUCAGCGAUGAAGUCUCCGCACCGCCUGCAGACUUCUUCUCUCCGGUGCAGCAUACCACCUCCCGCAAACGCCUCGACUCUUCGCAGAUGUCGCGUUGCGCCUCUUGGCCAACCUUCGACCCGCGCUCCCCGAGGAAGAUUUGGAUGCUGAGUCCAGAGAUGGAGUCGGAUCUCAAGGCCAAAGAUCCUCGUCUUUGGCAGCGGCUGCAAACGCAGCUGGGGCUGGCCGUGCAGGCAGUCACCCUUCUGCUGGUCGUCGGCACCUACGCAGCGUGCCCACUCACCGUGUCCUGGGCGAAGAUUGUGGGCCACAGCGCCGACGGUGUGGCAAUCAAAGGACGUCCCUUCAAGGAGGGCUCAGUCAUUGUGGCUUCUUGGUUGCUCAUCGCAACAGUGGGCCUGCUGCUGAGUGCCGCCACAGGGGGUCGGCAGCACGUGAGGCGUUGUUUCGACUUGCGCUCGAUCUUGACGUUCGCUCCUGCGGGCAUUGGUUGGGCCAUGGCUGAUGCUUGCGAGGUCAUGGCCGUAGCCCGAAUGGAUCCUGCAACGUACGGAGUGCUGAGCCAGGGCCGCCUUCUCUCGAGCGCCGCUGCAGCCUGGGUUUUUUGUGGGCUGCGGCAGAGCGGCCUCCAGUGGGGUAUUCUUGCCUGCCUCUCCUUCAUCUGCAUGGCCUACUGCAUGACUCCUGAUGAGUCGCGGCCAAACGCUGAGCGGCUUUUCGAGUGGCGGCUGCAUCAUGAGAGCCUCCAGAUCACAUUGAAGCGCCACUCUCCCAUGCCGGAAGAUGAGGCGCAGGAGCAGCUUGCCGGUGUGCUCUUUGCAAUGUGCAAGGUAACCCUCUCCGUGCUCAGCUCAGUUUACGUGGAGAUGUGCUUCAAGUCUGGUGCUGGCGAGCCCAUGCGACUCCACGUUCAGAUGACGCAGGUGUCAUUCAGCAGCAUCAUCGCAGCUACAACCGCAUAUCUGUUCAUAUGCGGGGUACAGAACGAGGAUCCAACACAAUUUUUUAGUGGGCAGGACGGCUCGUGGUCCAGAAAAACCAUGAUCGUGGCCGCGAUGUACUGUUGGCGGGAGUGGAUCUGCAGCUUGUGUGUCAAGCACUUCGAUUCGUUGGUCAAGAACAUCUGCAAUGCGGCUUCCUUGGUUGUGACCUAUGGCUUUACGGUGCUGGUGGCUCGGGAGAAAGAUUUCUCGGUCUUGAAGGCGUUCCUGCUACUCGCCAUUGUCAUGGAGGUCAUCAACUACUGCUACACGCGGCGGGUCGUGAAGCAGCCCAAGGAGGAGAUUCCAGUGGCCGAGUACUCGAAUUUGUAUUUGACAGGGUGGGCAGAAAUGAAUGCCGAAAUGACCCGACCCAACCACAUGAAGGAUUUGAAUUGUGGCCUCACGGCAGACCUCACGCAUCCUCCGGGUCGAGGUGCCGAGAGCCUGAAUUGGAUUGUGCAUCUCUGGGGAUGUGAGGUGAGCGGCAUGCUCCACGACUGGUUCUGCGUGGAGGAGAUGAGCGACUUCCUUCGGACACCGGCCUUUGCCAGGGUGCUGCGCGAGAACAUCGCGCGAUAUUUCCACGUGCCCAUUCAGAGACAGGCCGUUUAUGACGAGGAUGGGCUGCUGACCUCCAAUGCAGACUUCCGACGAGCACUGCAGAGAGUCUCACCGAAAAUCUACGUCUAUGACAUGCAGGACAUGGCGCAAGAGCUUCGGGAUCGAACGGUGGAGGAGCUGCAGUCCUUGGAGGCAGAGGUUCAGAGUUCCUCGGACGCUUUCGGCGGCCUCUCCGUUACUGCCAAGGAGAACUCUGCCCCGGAGCAGUCGCUUCAGUCCGAGAAGCAGGCCGCUGUCACAAGGCAUACUUUACCGAUGCAGAGCACUCUGCGCCAGACUGUAAGCGCAGGCAACUUGGCGAUGCCGGUUGCCUUUCCAUCAAACCCUGGCCUUUCAAAGUCCCAAAUGGUAUCGGGCGUCUCGCCGAGGCUGAGCGUCACGCCACGUCUUCACUCCGCAAGGACAUCCUGCGUGGUGGUGCCACUGGCCCAACCUCCGAGGACAACGAGCACUCCAAAGGGACGGACAUACAUGUACAAUGGGAUGCCGCUGAAACUCCACAUGGCUGCUGCGCCGACGCAAGCCGUUUCAUCGCGGCCUACGUUGCUGGUGAGGGCUGCCUCGGUUCCUGCAGUUCCUAAGAUCAUCCGGCAGGGCACGGUCCCGACGACCGCGAGGGGCCAGACCUGCCUUCGAACGCAGACACCUCGCACGCUGCGCAUGCAGGCGGUGCAGGUCCAGGGGACCCAGUUCGUUCCCAUCUCGCAGCCACCCGUGCACGAGCAAAAGCCUCGCAAGGGCGGUGGCUGA